AUGAGGAUGAUUGGAGUCACCUACCACGGUUCUGUGCAGAUUACGCGUCUUCUUCGGAGUGUCCCAUGGUUGUUUCACCGAUCAUCGUCUACGUCUACGUCUUCCGAUCAUCGUCUACGUCCUUCCUGCUCCUUUCCGAUCAUCGUCUCGUCUUUCUUCGCCUGUCAGACCAUCGUCUACGUCUCCUUUCGCCAUUUCUCAUCGUCUACGUUCUUCUCGUAUUUGACUGUGAAACAUCAUCGUCAACGUAUCAUCAUCCUCGUCUCUCGUGGAUCCGAUCUUUGUCGUGAUCAACGGGACGACGUCACUUGUCUUGCUCAUCGGUGGAUUAUAGCUCCGCCUCGAUCAGCUAGCACGUCACGCAAUCGUGAUAGGAGUAGCGAUAGGACCAGUGACCGUGCACUAGGGGGACGUAAUGAGAGGAGUUAUGCUGCUCGUCGCUUUGAGUCCCGUCAUUCUUUUGGUCCUUAUGACCGCAGGUCGAACAGGGAAUGGCGUGAAAAGCCAGUAACAAAGGCUCGUAGUAUGGAGAGAGAGUGGGAGAAACCGACAAAAUUCAAUGUUAAGGAGAAAGGGAUGACUCCUCCUGCAGUACCGUCUGCGCCUAGCAGUGAGCAUGGUAUUGUUGAGGCUAAGGAGGGUGGCAAUGGUGGUGCGAGUGGAUCGGGAAACCAGAGUAGGACGGUGGCUAGUAUCAUUGUAUCUCCACCACUUCGGACAGCAACUAUGGAAGAUAACGCCACAAUACGUAGUCGAAGCGCAAUAAGAUCUUUGUCUUUUGUGGCGGAUGAAGCAGUAGAGGAAAGGGAGCAAGUCAUUGAGGCUUUAGCUGAUAUGGAGACAAAUGAUACUGAUGAUGUAACGAAAAUGACUAAUGAGGAGUAUGAUGAUGCUGAGGAUGAUCUUCUUGGAGAAGAAUUUAUGGAGGCUAAUGAAGAGAAGCGAGUUGGAGGCAACGUCGGUUUGAGAAAUAAGGCCGAUAGCAAGAAACGAUUUGGUAGCCUAAAUACAUCAUCAAAAGUCUUCUCGUCAUAA